AUGUUCAAAUCAAUAAUCGCUAUGCAUGCUAGGAAUUCGAUUUUCGAAUUCGCCGUUCUAUCGAAGCGCGUUCGAAAUUCGAAUUUGAAUGAUAACGAACGUGCGAACCGACCGGACCGCGGGUGUGUAUUAAGGCAGUCGCACACUCCGGCUGCCUCGCGCCUUCUGCUCCCUAAAGCCGUGCUCCGCGAACCGUCCUGUGUAAUGUGGACCUUACGGUGUGUGUGGGCGUGUCCCGCCGCUGGCCCCGCCCACACCCCCCACCAUCCGUCUCGUGACAAUCACUUUGUAUAG